CAAGCAAGUUCCAGACAGUUGCUCAAAAAAAUAAUUUAUUUUAUUUACCAUCUGACAAGUGAUCUUCCCUCUCUACUACCUACCUCACCUCCCAUCAACAACUCACGUAACCUCUGGCUUCUGCGUCGCUUGCCACUUACACCUCAACCCGAACCAACCAAUUCCCAUCCCACACCACACCACACCACGCAUGAGCCCACCACUACCUUGACUCUCGUGCUUGAACCCUAUCCGCAACGGCUUACAGUUGCUUUGCACCUCCAGAGCUCAGUGCUUUUUGUUUUCUUUCACUACAUCAACUUGUGUACUGGCAAUCCCGCUUUCUGGCCUUGACCAACGACACCUCUUAUCAUAUACACUUGUGCAGGAAUGGCCUCUACAAAGGAGAUGUCCGUGACGACGACGAGGCCAUUGUCCCAGCAUCGUCAAUCGAUACCCGGCUCUACGAACCCCCUAUCUGCUACCCGACCGUCGUCUCACUCGCGCAACAGCUCCCACUCCCACGCCCACUCGGCUUUAUCCGGUUCCCUCAACGCUUCCCACCGCAUCAAUCGCCGUAAGAGUAUAACAAACAAUGGUACCAAUGUCGCGGCCGUCGCUGCUGCUCUGGCUGAGGCUGGCGACAAGAUGACCCCCCUUCCCAUGACGAUCAACGGUCGCCGUGGUACUGUCUCCAAGUCGGCUACUGUCAGGUCCGCUAUCGCUGGAAGCCUGCCUUCUCCACCCGCUAGCCUGCCUACACACAAGUUCAUGAUGUCCGGAAAACCGGAAGGCCAGGACAGCGCAAUUGAUGAUGAUUCCAACGAGAUGUCUGCUGAGGAAGGCGAGAACGGGUUCGAGCAGGCUCGCGUUCGACGUGCUAGCGACGGACAGCCUCUUACCAAGGACGGCAAGAAGAGCAGCCGCGUCGAGCUUCACUGCGACAAGUGCGGAAAAACAUACAAGCACAGCAGCUGUUUGACAAAGCAUUUGUGGGAGCACACUCCCGAGUGGUCGUACACAUCCAAGCUGCUCAUCUCCAAGCACCAACAAGUGCAGCUUCUCGAGGCUGCUUCGGUGCUCGUCCAGAUGAACAUCAUCAAGGAUGAAUCCACCCCUCCGGACUCCGCCCGAGACUUCGGCAGCGAACCCGAAUCAGCAGCAUCGCCGGCUGCCUCGGGAUAUUCGGACCAACACGAUGGGCGAAGCUCGGCCGACACAACCCCGCCACCACAGGCCGAAACUUACCACGGUGGUUUCGUAUUCCGCAAUGCCAAGAGAUCGAGCAAUGGUAGUGCCUAUGCGCGAUCAUAUCAGUCUGCUGCUUCAAACGGCUUCCUGUCUGGCAGCAUUUCCAACGCUUCUGGGUUCGGCCACAACCGCCAUGGUAGUAUUGAUGUCCGUCCCACGUCUUCUGGAUUGGGCAGCUCUGGCCAAGAGGACAAGGACCUUGCAGCCGCCGUUGAACUGCUUAGUUGCAGCUUCGGCAGCAGUGGCGGUUCCCGGGACACGAGGCUUCCCGACGAUGCUCCACCGGUUCCCCCAUUGCCCGCCCAAUACCUUGACCAGGCGGCCUUCCCCAGCACCAGCUUUCUUAACAGCUACUCGGCACGGCAGAUGCCCGAGAGCUUCACACGCGGACAAUACCGUCACGCAGAAGACGUGAAGAUGGAAGACAGCGAGAUGGACGGGACGCAUGUUAUGAACCUUCUACUAUGGCAUCUGUUGUUUCUUUUGUAACCGCGAACCUAUACCAAUUUUGUAAACGUGGUGGUUCGGCUCCGCUAUCGAAACCUCAGCACCGAAGAGUGGACAACUUAUGGUCACCAUGAUAUGAGAUGACUAAAGAAUAGGCCACGAGGUUAAAGUGAGGAUCGGAAAAGAGCGUCGAGCGAACACCCUAAUUAAGCACAUUGAAGCUGAUCCAGAGGGAUUAUGAGGCGCCCAAGCAGGAGAUGUAACCAUAGGACAAGACACUCCUUCGCCCAUGUAUGAAUCAAAUG